GAUCACCCGCAUCUUGCGUUUUUUCGCAAUCAGUCUAUCUCAGUAUACACAUUAUUUCAAGUUGAUGGAUUUUGUCCUCUGACGUAUGACCGACAGAGAGAUCUAUAGCCGUGAGGUUUUCACUCCUUAUGGCUGUGAGCCACGGCGAUAGUCGUUUCGAGUCGCUUCGCGCGUCGAGUUCACUCAUACAGUUUUAAUAGGUGGAAAACGUUGUUACCGCGAGGUCUGAGGUUUCAAGGCGAAGCACGACGUAUGGAAAAAUAGCUGUUAUACAGCUUAUUCGUUCUACUGUGCCAAGCGGGAUCGGACGAUCGGUCAGGAUGAUCAAGUUACUACUCAUCUUCUGCCUGUCGACCUCCACCUGGUCGGCUAUCGAGGCUCAAAAGGCCCAGUUCUACUGGAACUAUCUGAACUUCACCUGGCCGUCCGAAGAUGCCUACAACUCCGCUCUCGUGGACGGCUUGUACAUCCCGGAGAACAACAUAAUCACCGGCAUCAAGAUCUACGAAGACAAACUCUUCCUGACCCUACCCCGUUGGAAGCGCGGGGUCCCUGCCACCCUGGUGUCGACCCCCUUGACGCCUGUCAACAAUGACAGGUCACCCUUGCUCGAGCCCUACCCCAACUGGGACAUGCAGAAGCUGGACAACUGCUCAGCUUUCCAGUACGUCCAGAGCAUGGAGGUCGACCCCCUGGGCAGGAUGUGGGUCCUGGAGAACGGCAGGACCGAAUUCAACACCAAACAGCCGAGAACCAACUGUCCCACCCGACUGGUCAUCCUCGACCUGAAGAACGGUGGCAAAGUUCUGUUGGACUACCCCUUUCCCAGAGACGUCGUCCACAUCGAGUCGGUCUUCGCCAAUGACAUUGUCGUCGAUCACGAGGACGGGGGCUGGGCCUACAUUACCGACACGGACUCUGACUUCCCGGGUAUUAUUGUCUUCUCGCUGAAGGACAAGACCUCCUGGAAAGUCAUCCAUCAGUCCAUGAAGGCCAAGAAGGAGGCCUCGAAGUUUGUGGUCAACGGCACUAUCUUCGAGACUAAUGGACCGAUCGAUGGAAUUGCUCUUUCGCCCGUGUCUGACAGAGGUGACCGAAUGCUCUUCUACACACCGCUGGCCUCGUACGAGAUAUUCGCUCUGCCGGUACACGUGAUUCGCGACCGUCAACUCAGCACAACCGCCAACAUCGACCAGUACGUCAAGCGUAUUGGCAACAAAACGUCUCAGACCGACGGCAUGGUGAUGUCGGCAAUGGGUGAUCUCUACUACGGUCUUCUGACCGAAGACUCGGUGGCUGUUUGGCCAUCCAAAUCCAACUCCAGCUUUUUGCAGAGUCAGAAACUGCUGAUCAAGGACGUCGAGACGAACCAGUGGCCGGACACCUUCGCCAUGGACAAGGAGGGCAAGUUAUGGUGGACCAGUAACAGAAUCCAGAGGUUCAUGGGAGGCAACGUGGAUAUGACUGAACCUAACUAUCACGUGAUCAGUCUCGAUGCUGGGACGAGAUGCUAUCAGUACUUCGAGGAUGGUAGUGCGCCUGACUGGCCGGAAAUAGAUAAUUAAGACGAAAGAUGUAUUAUGUUUGUUUAAACUUUAUCAAUUUAUUUGUUUUAUGUGCCUGUUAACGAUGUUGUAUGUUUUGUAAAUAUAUUUAUGAGAUAAAUAAAUGAAUUCGUUGCUUUUUUCUGCGCUCCGAAGUGAGCAUUUGAAAUUGGCGCCAACUGAGCGGCGCCAUAUUGGGAGAGCAAUAAUCAGCUGUCUGUCGAUCUGAUGUGUGUUUUUAUAUGCGUCGUAUCAUUCGCGUUGCUGAUGUUUUCUUUCGUAAACAAUCUGUAAUAUUUAAACAAAUUUAUACGGAUUGUAGUUUGUUCUAAAUAUUUGACGUUCAAUUGGAUAUUGAAUAAACUAGGAACUAAGUAUCUCAUCAUCGAAACAUAAUCCAGUAUAUCCACAGAAAGUACCAAGAUCACUUGAAAAAUGGUUUGCGAUAAGUGUGAGAAAAAACUAGGCAAAGUCAUCACUCCAGAUCCAUGGAAGGCUGGCGCAAGAAACACAGUGGAAAGCGGAGGUCGCAAGGUAGGAGAAAACAAGGCCCUGUCGACGGCCAAAAAUAGGUUCAAUCCUUACACAGCAAAGUUCGAGGCAUGCAGAAUAUGCCGUCAGAAAGUUCACCAGGCUGGCUCUCACUACUGUCAGUCGUGCGCAUACAAAAAGGCCAUCUGUGCCAUGUGUGGCAAGAAACUCAUGAGUACAAAGAACUAUAGACAGUCCGCUUCGUAAUGUGUACUUAUGCUAAGAUCUGUAAUUAUCGUAAGAUCAAUUGUAAAGGCACGUGUUGGUGUCUCAAUUUUUCUUUGAAGUAUAUGAUAAGGAUAUUGAGUAUUAGAAAUAUCUAUAUAUAUAUAUAUAUAUUAAAUACUUAUUCAAUCAAUUGGCAAAAUAUGAAUUUUAGAAAAUAAUACCUCUUAUUUGCAUGAAAAAAUGUGUAGAGAAUGAAUGUAUACAUGAACUAAACGCGAGUGUCUCAGACUGACAGAGAACUGGAUAAAAUGAUCUCGACAAUCGUACUGUAAACAAACGUGCAAGCAUCAAAUAAAAUUUAUUUAUAAAAAUA